AGGCGGAGCAAGAACCUGGGCACGCCGGGCUCCCAGGAAGCCGCCCCGCGACCACGUGGGGCCAGCGGCGCGGGCGGAACUCAGGCUCCGCCGCUCGCUGCUCACCCGGGCCUUUGCCACGGGGACGCCGGAAGUGCGGGCGCCGGCAGCUGCGGACCGCGAUUCCUGCCUGCCUGGGGCCUGGGCUAGCUCUGGCAUUCCUGUCACCUGAGUUCCUUGGCAUUCUAUGCCAGGAGCAUGCAGAGCCCAGCCCCCUUGCCUGUGCCGGUGCCCGUCCUGCGCCUGCCCCGAGGGCCUGAUGGCUUCAGCCGGGGCUUCGCCCCCGGUGGCCGGCGGGCUCCCCUGAAGCCAGGCGGGACCGCCUCCUCCUGCUCCCCGGCCCAGGAGUCUCUGGAAUCCCAGGAACAGCGGGCCCGAGCCGCCCUGCGGGAGCGCUACCUCCGCAGCCUGCUGGCCAUGGCGGGUCGCCCGGUGAGCUUCACGCUGCACGAGGGCGUGCGCGUGGCCGCCCACUUCGGAGCCAGCGACCUGGACGUGGCCAACUUCUACGUGUCGCAGCUGCAGACGCCCAUCGGGGUGCAGGCAGACGCGCUGCUGCGCUGCAGUGACAUCAUCUCCUACACCUUCAAGUGCUGAGGGCGCCCCGUGUUCCUACGCGUGGAGCGGUGUCGGGGCGCUUGGAGAUUCUGGAUUCUGAAAGCUUCCAGGGUUGAGGCAGUGACACCCUGUAGACCCGCUGAAAGCAGCGACCUCCCUCACAGAACUCCGAACUGGACAGCGGCAGGCAGCUGGGCACCGCCGCCUGGACCGGCACUGGCCCGGCGCACUGCGGGGUCCUGGCCCUCCCCACCUGGGGAAGGGAGUGGGAUUCCGAGGGUGGUUGUGGUCGGGUGCCUGUCCAGGGGAGCUGAAUAAAGGCGUGGAAUUGCCCACCGGGUCUGCGUG